AUGGUUGAUCUUUUCAAUAUUUCUGAAGACAAAAUAGAUGGAUCUGUUGGAUCUCUUUUUAGUUCAAGUGCAGGUCCUGUGGUUAGACCCAAAAAUGAAUCGAUAAAGAGUGAGCUUGUUCACAGUAAAAAAACCAAGGAAACAUCCUCACAAAAAGCAGAUAACACGCUAAAACGAAAACGGGAAGAAAACGAAGAGGAAGAGGAAGAUAAUGAGAAUGAGAAAGGGAAUAAUGAAGAAGACAAUAGCGCUUCUUCAGACGAAAAAGAGGGUUCCAGUAUCGAAGAUAAAUGGGUCGAAAAAAAUCAAAACAAAAGAAAAUCUUCUAAGACGAAUUUAAAGUCAAGUGAAACUGCUGGUGAAAAAGAUGAGGGUGAUAGUGAAGAAGAAGAAGAAGAGGAUGAUGUUGAUGUUGAUGUUGAUGGAAACAAAGAUACCCAAGAUAAGAAACCUAGGCUUUCUGAGCAAGAAAUUGAUAAGGCUGAUUCUACAGUUUUUGUGGGAAACGUUCCAAUUACUACCAUCACAUCAAAACCAGUUUACAAGAAAUUUCAGGAGCUUUUCGAACCCUAUGGAAAGGUUACAUCGAUUCGUUUCAGAUCCAUUGCGUUCUCUAAACUGCUCCCAAGAAAGGCUGCUUUUAUCAAGCAACAACUCCACCCCACCCGCAAAGCUGCCAAUGCUUAUGUCGUUUUUGAAACCCCUGAGCAGGCUCGCAAGUCAGUCUCCUUGAAUGCCUCAGUUUUUGAGGGUCAUCACCUACGUGUCGACAGAGUUUCUCACCCCGCAUCUCAGGACAAUAAACGAUGUGUUUUUGUUGGAAACCUAGAUUUUGAUAUGGAUGAAGAACCUCUUUGGCAACACUUUGGAUCCUGUGGUGAGAUUGAGCAUGUUCGUGUUGUCCGUGACUCUAAGACCAAUUUUGGCAAAGGUUUCUGCUAUGUUCAAUUCAAAGAUCCUGUUUCUGUUACCAAGGCUCUUCUUCUUAAUGGUAAGAACAUUAAUGGCGAAGAAAAGGGUCGUGAACUUCGGGUGGUUAGAAGCAAAAAUAUUAGAGAAGCCCAAAAGCAACGAAAAGCAUUCAUUAAGUCCAAAACUAACAAUAACAACAGCAACAAGAAGGUCAAGCUUUCCCUGGAGGAAAAAACAAAGCUUGGCCGUGCAAAAACCGCGGUCGGCAAAGCAGCAAGAGCUGAAAUCUCUUCUGUUUUAGAGGGGACCCGAGCCAAGAAGGGCGAUUAUAUUCCGGGCAUAAAACAAGGUGGUAAGAAGAAGAAACCUAGAAUUCGCGAAAGAAGCACCAACUAUAAGAAUCUCAGAAAGGAAGUUCAAAAAGCCAACAAGGCAAGCAAAUAA